GAAAGCUUUGGAUGAAUCCAUUAAGAAGGCAGCUGAGGGCUGCAAGGUACUUGUACCUCAGGAUAGAAGAUCCAAGAAACCCAGCUCCUCAUGGUCAGACAGGAGAACCUCCAGUGACCAGCAUUUCCGAGAUACAUGGAUUAAUGGCUCUGCAAGGAAUACUCCAGAG